CGCAGGACACGCUGCCAGCCUGCCGAGGUUCGGUAUCCCUGUAAUCUGCACCCCGUCACCACGCACGUUCCUUUCCCAUUCCCUCUCGGAUGCCCGCGCUCAGGACUACAUUUCCCGAGAGGCUCCGCAACAGCAACUCGUCACCUGAUGUCUCGCCCGCUUCGAGUAAAAUGGCGGCCCCCAGAAUGCGACGGUGCUGGAAUGGGUUUCGGGCGAGGCACCUCAGCGUGGGGAAUGUCGGCGAAGUGCACGGCGGGGUGGGUCCGGGGGCCGCUAGCGCGCUCUAUUGGAGUGCAAAGGAGACCGCAGACAAACAGAACCGGUAUGACGGGGAUGCGAGAGCGCAGCAAUCGGGCUGUCGGGAGUCGGCAUAGUCCAGUGCAUUUUCAUUUCUCUUGUGUUUGCCCGCCCCGUUCCUUGCUUUCAGUUAUGGUCCCUGGGCAGCAGUGGUGGGUCUGGAGAUUCAUGCACAGAUCUGCUCCAACUCAAAGCUUUUCUCUGGUUCUAAAGUCCAGUUUGCAGCGCCGCCUAACUCAGCAGUAUCUUUCUUUGAUGCUUCUCUACCAGGAACCCUGCCAAAUAUGGGGAAUGGAGUACAGCAGUUGCCUAGAAAUAAUGACCUUGAAAGAAGCCCUUCUAACUUCAGCUCAGGUUCUCAACAGGAGAUGUGUGGAAGCAGCCGUGACAACGGGCCUUGCACUGAACUGCACCAUAAACAAGAAGUCCUUGUUUGACAGGAAACACUAUUUCUAUGCAGAUCUGCCUGCUGGUUAUCAGAUCACUCAGCAAAGGCUUCCCAUUGCUGUGAAUGGGAGUUUGUCAUACAGCCUAUUCAUAGGAGGGAACCAGAAUGAAAUAGUAACAAGGACUGUGAGGAUCAAGCAGAUACAGUUGGAGCAGGACAGUGGGAAGAGCCUUCAUGAUGACUUAAGGAGCCAGACACUUGUUGAUUUGAACAGGGCAGGAGUUGGCCUCAUGGAGGUUGUCAUGGAGCCCGAUAUGUGCUGUGGGGAAGAGGCAGCUGCCGCAGUAAGAGAGCUUCAGCUUAUCCUUCAGGCUCUUGGGAGCAGCCAAGCAAAGAUGGCAGAGGGCCAGUUGAGAGUAGAUGCCAACGUAUCUGUGCAUCACCCUGGACAGCCUUACGGAGUGAGGACUGAGGUGAAGAAUAUCAACAGUUCCCGAUUUCUUGCCAAGGCAAUAGACUUUGAAAUACAAAGGCAAAUUGAAGAGCUGGAGAAUGGAGGAACAAUUCUGAAUGAAACUAGAGCCUUUGAUUCCAAGCUUGGGUGCACAAUACCAAUGAGAGAUAAAGAAGGAAAACAGGACUAUCGGUUCAUGCCGGAGCCAAACCUCCCUCCAUUGAUUCUGCAUGAUGCUAAAUCUUUGCCGGCUUCCACAGGCUAUCAACAAGCGGUGAGCAUUGAUUGGCUUCGGGAGAGGCUUCCCGACCUCCCUAGUACAAAGAGAGCAAAACUCGUCGAACGUUAUGGGAUUCAGCCUCAACACAGUUUCACCUUAUCGAAUGAAGAUGGGUUAAUGGAAUUCUUUGAAACUGUGGUGAAAGCAACAGAAAUGAAUCCAAAAAAGGUGAUUGGCUGGAUUCUAAAAGAUGUACUUGGCUAUUUAAAACACCAUAAUCUUGAAGUAAAGGAAAGUCCAAUCAGUCCUCUUCUUUUGGCUGAACUGCUGAAUCUCCUUCAACAUGGAGAGAUCUCCACUUCAGCAGCCAAACAAGUGCUGGAAGAGAUGUGGAAGGGGAAAGGGGAGACCCCUGCAAUUAUUGUCAAAGAAAAGGAACUUGAACUGAUCCAGGAUCAGAAUGAGAUGGAGCACAUCUGUCAGGCUGUGAUGGAAGGGCAUCCAAACGAGGUGGCAGAGAUCAAGAAAGGAAAUAAAAAAGUGCUGAAUAAACUCAUUGGACAGGUUCAAAGAGCAACAAGAGGACGUUCAGACCCCAGACUAGUGAAACAAAUCCUAGAGAAAUUGCUACUCUAGCAAGCUGGAGUGAAGGUUCCAUAUCUGAUUCUACAGCAUCAGGGGGUAAACUACUUGACAUCUCUUCAUGUUUUGCAAUCAAGCUCUUGGACAGACUUCACUUGAUACUUGCUCACCAUAUUGCAGCAGCUUUUCCAAGCUAUACUCAGCCCAUCAGUUUCUGAGGUGUUUCUAUACAUUAUUUUCUGGUUAGACAAAGGAAAAAUAUGUGAUAUGCACAAGUUGUUUUUUUUAAGCAGCUGGUUUUGAAGCAUUUUGAAAUCUAGAUCCAUAGGAGGUAUUACAUCAUAUUUAUCAAAUUUUAAUAAGUUCAGUCCCUUAAUUCAUAUUCUUAAAAAUAACUGGGGCCGUUGAGCCACUCUAUUUCUAAAGGACUCAGGACUUAUCCAUAGUUGCUUGUAUGGUCAAUAACUCAGUCCUGUAGUGUUACAUGGACAAGGAAUUUCUUAAGUAUGUUACUAAGCAAAGAAUAACAGCAUGUCUGAUAAUUCCUAGGUUCUCUAUUGUGAGUUCCAUCUUUGUCUGUAUACCGAAGAAAUAAGUACAGGUCUUUAACUCAUUUUUUUUCAGGAUGGAAGAGGUGAUUAAAAGAGUUCCAAAUGUCUUUUUUUCAACUUCUAAUUUAAACCAUUGUUGGAGUAAACAAAUAUAUUUGUAUUCAGAGUAUUUAAGUGCCCAUUGCCAGCAGUCCAAUCAUUUCUCCCCAACAUUGUUCAUUAGGGAAAUGCUUUCUGAAGAUUUGUUUCUUUUUAGAGAACUUUUCUGCUCAUUGUACUGAUCUUCUGCAACCCCACAGACAACUCUAGAUGGUGUUUAAAAUAAAACAAGCGGGAAGUA